CAUUUUAUAAAAAACUUAAAUUCCGCAGAUAUUUUCUCGGAUUUACAACCUUUUUCAACCCUGUCUGAAGAUAUUUAAAUUUUUUACCUGGCAUCUCUGUUGGCGUCAGUGUGGUAUCGAAAAACCCGAAAUAACGCGGCACCGAGUUUGUUUGAUUGAGCGCUUAUAAGUAUAUUUCACCUAAAAUGCCCAAAAAUAAGAAGGAUGAUACUUCUGACUCGGACUCCGGACCAGAUGAUUGUACGCCGGCCAAGAAAAGCAAAGCCGUAGGGGGAUCGAGCAGUACUACCAACGCUAAAGGUGAAGAAGAAUGGCAGCUGGACCGGAAUCGCAAAAUAUCAAUCAAUGAAUUCAAAAAUAAGUUGUAUGUCAACAUUCGGGAGUACUACGAAAAAGAUGGAAAAACAUUACCUGGCAAAAAGGGUAUCAGCUUAACUGUGCCUGAAUGGAAGAAACUGUUGGAAUAUGCGGACGAGAUUAACGAAAAACUAAAGAAGUUCUAAAUCCGUUUGUUUUCUGCUAAAGUUUAACUUUUUUCUCGUAUGUUAAAUGUUUUCUAGUUUCUAAAGCCAAUUUUAGAAACUGUUGAAAGCAAUUAUAAUAUGCAUUUGUUCCUGAUUUGUUAUACUUCGUAAUAAACUUUCAUGAUAAA